AGUGCUUGUUCUACUUCAGUAUACCAUGAAUGCAGGAUGCAGCCAGUCAUAUAAAGGAUUCUCUUCUUCACAGAAUGGAAGAAAGACGUGAAGUACAAACCUGAAUGCAACCUGAAAGAUCCAGUAGAUGAGCCUGUGACAUCCUGUGCCAGUGCCCAGGGAUACCACAUACGCCAGCUGUGUGUAUUCAGAUCUGGACAACGCUGAUUAAGACAACCAAAAAUUUCUUCUCUCCCAGUUGUCACAAAAAAAUAAGUGGGCAAGCUGAAUGUCAGGAUGCAAGUCAUUACUAUUAUAAUACUACUUCUUCUUUGUAAAGCAUCUGACUUUAGGAAGACAAGGAAUAGGAAUCUGAGAAAAAAUGAAAACAUCGUAAGAAGAGCAUCUAGCACCGUUAAGCGCAACGCCCAGGCCCAACCAUGUGAUAUAUAUGUUUACCUUCAUGAGAAAUAUCUAGAUUGUCAGGAAAGAAAAUUGGUUUUUGUGGCACCUGAUUGGCCCGAGGAUUUGAAGCACAUGCUGCUAGCAAGAAACAGGAUUCGUAAAUUGAAGAAUAAUAUGUUUUCUAAAUAUAAAGUAUUGAAAAGUCUGGAUUUACAGCAGAAUGACAUAUCAAAAAUUGAGAGCCAGGCUUUCUUUGGUUUGAAUAAACUUACCACACUCCUACUCCAGCAUAACCAAAUUAAGAGUUUAUCUGAGGAGAUUUUUAUUUAUAUGCCCAGUCUAAACUAUCUUCGUCUUUAUGAUAAUCCCUGGCAUUGCAAUUGUGAACUAGAAACUCUUGUUACAAUGCUACAGGUUCCAACAAACAGAAAUUUGGGAAACUAUGCCAAGUGUGUGCACCCAAUAGAACUGAAAAAUCAGAAGCUAAAACAGAUAAAAGCUGAGCAGCUGUGUAGUGAAGAGGACAGGCAAGAUCCCCAAAACAUAAAGCAGAAGCCUGAAGCUACCAAACCAGAAUUUGAUUCUUCUUUGUGCCACAUGUAUGUGUUUCCUGUACCAACUCUGAACUGCAAGAGAAAAGAUUUAAAGAAAGUUCCUGGUAACAUACCUCCAGAUAUAGUUAAACUUGAUUUGUCCAACAACAAAAUUAAACAACUGCGACCCAAAGAGUUUGAAGACAUCAGUGAACUGAAGAUAUUAAACCUAAACAGUAAUGGAAUAACGUACAUUGAUCCUGCUGCUUUCUCAGGGCUCAAUAACUUAGAAGAGCUGGAUCUAUCUAACAACAGCUUGCAGAAUUUUGAAUAUGGAGUAUUGGAAGAUCUUUACUUUCUGAAAGUUCUGUGGCUGAGAGAAAAUCCUUGGAGAUGUGAUUACAACAUUCAUUAUCUUUUCUACUGGUUGAAGCAUCACUACAAUGUCCACUACAAUGGCCUAGAAUGCAAAAUGCCUGAGGAAUACAAAGGCUGGUCUGUUGGAAAAUAUGUUCGGAGUUAUUACGAGGAGUGUCCAAAAGACAAGCUACCCAUUUAUCCAGAAACUUUUGAUCUGGACAAAGACGAUGAGGAAUGGGAACGACACAAAGAAAAGUCAGUUCAAACAGUUAAAAAGCACAGUGUAAUCGUCACUGUGCUAGGCUAAUAAGGAAACCCUGUUUUUUUUUAAAGUAAAUUCAAAUAUUUGGUACUCUGGCAAAAAAAGGAACCCAACACACUGUUUACAUGUUUGUUAAUUAUACAGAUUGCAAGACUAUUUACCUACAAGGAUUUCUGUUUAAUGCAGUAAAUAAGUACAGAAUGGCAUUAGUUACACAGAAUCCUUCAAUAAGUAGUUGUUUCUGACAGUUUGUUCUGCGCUCUCUUGUGAAAUUUUCUGGUAGAAAUUCAAAACUAUGCAUUAUAAAUAGAUAGAAAUGAAUGUAGACAUGUGGGGAGGAGCUGUGCAUGAACAUUAUAUAUGAAUGCAGGUUAUGUGUUGACGUGGAGUUGCUGCAGGAUUGUGACCAACACUCAACUUUCUUGAAUGCAUUGCCAGUUCUUUGUAUCUAUCAGUUUCCUAAAAUA